GAAGAAAAUUCAACUUCGUCAUCACUAAUCCACACGCUUAAACUUAAUAUAAAUUAACACCGCUAAUUUCAAUCCAAAUCCAUCAUCUUCUACUCUAAUCUCAAUCCAAAUUUCAUAUUCAUUUCAACAUUUAAAUUUAAUUAAUCAAAAAUGGCCAGUCCCGCCAACAAAGACCAAUCACAGCAGCAGCCGCCGCUAUACCCAACGAUCUCAUCUCCGACGACGACAUCAGUUCAUGAAAACCCUUUCUACCAACUGCCGCCGCCGCCUCCGUCAUCAACUCAUCAAGAAGCGGCUGCUUCAUCGUCCGAUCAGCAGCAGCCGCCGAGUGCUCAUGAUGAGAAAUACUGGGGAACUCAUGUGAUGGGGACACCAGCUGUUCCGACAUGCCACCCGGAUAAUAAGAAGGCAGCUUUGUUUGGCGGUGGCGGUGGUGGUGGCGGUGGUGAUGAAGCUCAGAACCACCACCAUCAUCCUUAUCUUUAUUAUAGUCCGAUUGAAAAACCAAAUAGUAGCCCUGUGGAAUCGAUUCUUCAAGCGUUUAAUAACUGGAGUAAAAAAACUGAGACCAUGGCUAAUAAUAUCUGGCACAACUUGAGGACAAAUUCAUCAGUCUCAGAAGCAGCAUGGGGAAAAAUGAACUUGACAGCAAAAGCAAUAACCGGAGGUGGAUUUGAAUCUCUAUACAAGCAAACAUUCACAACAUAUCCCGACGAGAAGCUGAAGAAAACCUUUGCGUGCUAUUUAUCGACAUCAACCGGACCAGUUUCAGGAACCCUUUAUCUCUCCGAUAUUCAUACCGCAUUUUGCAGUGAUCGUCCGUUAUCUUUCACUGCACCUUCUGGCCAGGCAACUUGGAGCUACUACAAGAUUAUGAUUCCGUUGAACAAGAUCGGAGCAAUCAAUCCGGUUGUGAUGAGGGACAAUGCGUCGGAGAAAUAUAUUCAGAUUGUUACGGUUGAUGGACAUGAUUUCUGGUUCAUGGGGUUUGUUAAUUAUGAGAAAGCUUCUAAACAUUUAACUGAAAGUGUCUCAAAUUUUGUAGUUCCAGGGGUUGCAGUUCAUUCUGGUGUUUGAUUUUUAUAUGUUUUGGUAUUUGGGGUUAUAUACUUGAGAGGUACUUCAAGUUUGUUAUAUUUACAUUUAACUCUAGUAUUUGAGAUUAGUUUCGUUCUCAUUGUUGUUGUAUCUAUUAAUGUAAGUAAGUAGUAUGUUUAUGUGAUUAAUUUAUAAUCUUGAAUUGAAGUUAA